GCACUACAUAAGAAGAUGCAGGAAGGCGGCGCUAAUAAGAGCGACGCAGCCAUUGAGGAGCCGGAGGCAGCGGAAGCAGCAGCAGCCGGAGAAGCAGCAGCGUCGGAGCCGGCAGCAGCGAUCGAGGCGGAGUCGGCAGCGAUCGAGGCGGCGGCGGACAGCGCGACGAGCGAGAAACCGGCGGCUGCCACGAUGGUGAAGAUCGUAGGGGACCUGACUGAAUUCCGAACUGAGUUGUCAUCUGCUGGGAGCAAGCUCAUAGUCGUUGACUUCUCUGCCACCUGGUGUGGACCAUGCAAAAUGAUCAAGCCCUUCUUCCAUAGCAUGGUUGAAAAAUAUCCAGAUGUAAUCUUCAUUGAAAUUGAUGUGGAUGAUGCUCAGGAUGUGGCCUCACACUGUGAUGUGAAGUGCAUGCCAACAUUCCAGUUCUAUAAAAAUAAUGAAAAGGUGCAUGAAUUUUCUGGAGCAAAUAAAGAAAAGCUGGAAGAAGCCAUUAAGAAGUAUAAGUAACCAAAGGUUCUUAAUUCAUGAAGUGCUGACUGUUAAAUUAUAGCCUUUUCUACAUAACAAACCGAUCAAGUUAGAAUAUGUAUUCAAAUACACGUUGACCCUUCAGUCUGUAAAUGAAGAUAAUAAAAAUAUAUAAAAGGU